UAGAAGUUUGUUUGCAAUCUUUAAUCUCCUUUGCAGUUCUGAACCUUCUGUUGGUGGUUUCCGAACUUUUUUAUGAAUAUGUACCGUGCAGCGCUCAAUUAUAUCUUCCCUCCCUGCUUCUGCUUCUUGUAGCCAUCCUUCACUGAAUACCACUCCAAAUUAUCCCUCUAGGAUACUGAUCUCUUUGUUAGGGCAUUUUCAACAGUAACCAAACAAACUUUGAUCUUAAAAAACCCUUGCGCUUUCCCCUUGUUCUCUCUCUCUCUCUCACACACACACACACACACACAGCCGUAAGGAAGAACCGCCGUGAGGAAGAAACUACAGUCGUUGCUGUUAUUAUUGCUUUAUAAACAACCAGAAGCAGAGUAACCGUUUUUAUCUUUGACUCUGUUUUUCUUUCAUUUUGUCCACGGAACCAUGGAAAUCACAUUCACUGGCAAGCGCGCGCUUGUGACGGGAGCCGGAAAAGGUAUCGGACGAGCCACCGCUCUGGCAUUAGUGCGCGGUGGAGCGGAAGUUACAGCGGUCACGCGCACACAGGCUGACCUGGACACGCUCGUGCACGAGUGUCCUUCUAUUAAACCUGUGUGUGUGGACUUGGCGGAUUGGGAUGCUACAGACUACGCACUGAAGGAUGUGGGUCCUAUCGACCUGCUAGUGAACAAUGCAGGUUGUGCCAUGCUGCAGCCCUUCCUCGAGAUCACGCAGGACAACUUUGAUAUGUCUUUCAAUGUCAACGUGAAAGCAGCCCUGCAUGUUGCACAAAUUGUGGCCAGAGGAAUGAAAGCCAGGGGAAGUGGUGGCUCCAUCGUGAACAUCUCUAGCCAAGCUUCGCACCGUGCCUUUAAAGAUCAUGCCGUAUACUGUGCUACCAAAGGAGCUCUCGACAUGUUGACUAAAGUGAUGGCUCUGGAGCUGGCGCCAUACCAGAUCAGAGUGAAUUCUGUAAACCCAACUGUGGUGAUGACGGACAUGGCAAAAAUAGGAUGGAGUGACCCUGUGAAGGCCAACGUCAUGAUAUCACGUAUCCCGAUUGGCAAAUUUGCUGUUACAUGGAGUCAACAGGAAAUCUUUUGGUGGAGACGGUGGGGACCUCGACUGGCUAUCGUAGCCUGCAGGGAAUCGGCCGUCAGACAUUCUGUCGCAUGUCCCAGACCCGGUGAAAUGUAACUGAAUUGUCUUGGCCAGGCCUAAGGGUCCCAUCUGCAUCUCAUCAUUGCUGAGGAGUGUGCUCCCAUCACCCAAUCAAGCAUCCAGCCAGAGCAGGUCAUGAUAUAUUUUUUUUACCAUAUUAACAUGCCAUUGUGUGUCAUGCCUGAUGUAAAGACUCUCGUCUCUGCGAGCCUACCACACAGAUUUAAUACUUGUCAUUUUUAGGGCAUACCUAACAACAUGUUUUCUUUCUCUCUUCCCCCCCCCCCCCCCCCAUCUGUCCCUCUGAGUUACAUGUUGAUCCUGGGAUUGAGAUGCUGGCCUCUUCUGCCCCUCGGACCUGCUUGAUCCAUCCUGGUGCCCUGUGUCUGGUCGGAGUUUUAUCGCCCCACUCCUGUGAAAGACGGCCCCAUGAGGACAGUUGAGGGUUAUACCUGUUAAAACUGUUAAUAUUAUAGUCAGGCUGUCUGUUGUUGCCCAAAUGAGGAUGGGUUCCCUUUUGAGUCUGGUUCCUCUCGAGGUUUCUUCCUCAUGUCGUCUGAGGGAGUUUUUCCUUGCCACCGUCGCCACAGGCUUGCUCAUUGGGGAUAGAUUAGGGAUAAAAUUAGCUCAUGUUUUAAGUCGUUCAAAUUCUGUAAAGCUGCUUUGCGACAAUGUUUAUUGUUAAAAGCGCUGUACAAAUAAACUUGAUUUGAUUUGGCCAGG